AUGGGGACACGGGAACAUGGGACACCGGCCCCCCCUGACCCCCCCCGUGUGCCCCCCCAGCUCUUCUACUCCUUCUUCAAGUCCCUGGUGGGGAAGGACGUGGUGGUGGAGCUGAAGAACGACCUCAGCAUCUGUGGGACCCUGCACUCGGUGGAUCAGUACCUGAACAUCAAACUGACGGACAUCAGCGUCACCGACCCCGAGAAGUACCCCCACAUGCUGUCGGUGAAGAACUGCUUCAUCCGCGGCUCGGUGGUGCGCUACGUCCAGCUGCCGGCCGACGAGGUGGACACGCAGCUGCUGCAGGACGCGGCGCGCAAGGAGGCCCUGCAGCAGAAGCAGUGACCCCGCCAUGGCGGGGGGCACGGCGGGCCCCCCGC